AUGCAUGCAUCAGCGGUCACACUUCGCCAAUACGGUCCCACCUUGAGUAAUAUACGAAUUACUAAUAACAAAGGCUGCUUCCGCGGAAAAAGGACCAUCGAGGACGCCCGAUCGCUGCCACACGCCGAGAGCCUCCGCACAAAUGCCGAAGAAUGGUGACGCCGGCAACCGGAGCGGUUCCGGGACAACCAGCGACGGCUGCAUCUACCAGGACGACGUCAUUAUGGGCGUGGGUGUUGCUUUCAACGUCAGAUACACGGGCUGCGUGGAGGUCAAGACCUCUAUGAAAUCGCUGGAUUUUGAAACCCGAACGCAGCUGGCCCGGGAGUGCAUCAAUCGGGUUUGCGAGGCGGCUGGCUUAAAGUCUGCUGGCAAGCGGAGAUUAACCAGCUUCAUAUCGGACCGCCCCAGCAUGCAGCACGCCGGCACCAACAUCAUCAUCAAUGUUUCCAGUCGAGCUUUGACCCUCAGCAAUGUGGAAUCGGGCGAGGUUAUAGCCAAUCACAACAUGCCGCGUAUAUCAUUUGCCUCAGGCGGUGAUAAUGAUACCCUCGACUUUCUGGCCUACAUAGCCAAGAACGAGGAUGAGUGGCGGGCCUGUUAUGUUCUGGAAUGUGCUGGUGGCCAGAGCGAGGAUCUAAUAGUGACCAUUGGCAAGGCCUUUGCCUUGCGCUUCAACGCUCUCAGUCGGCUGAAUGAUGCUUCAGGGGAUUGCAACACCAACCAGAGCUGCAAGGAGAAUGUGAAGGAGUACUACAACGAUUUGCCCAACAAGUUGCCGCCAGAAUUGCCGGAACAACAGCCGGUGCAUCAGCAUCGUGUAGCACAGCUGAACCUAAAGAAGCCACGCGAUCGCUUGAGCAGCAACCUCAUCGACCUCAACUCCCCGCCUCCCGAUCAGACGACCAAUAAGCUGGGCCACUUUGAUCCCCUCCAAGCGACCUCGGCUGCCAGCUCCGUUUUGGCCACAGUGCGCGAUGUGUUCGAUGGACCACAGUGUCCACUCACGGCGGAGGUGUGGUUCCAUGCGGGCAUUUCCAGACCAAUUUCGGAGCGCUUGCUGCAGCAGGAUGGUGACUUCCUGGUGCGCGAGUCACAGGGAAAGCGGGGCCAGUACGUGCUUACUGGACUGGAGGGCAAGACGCCCAAGCAUCUGCUGCUCAUCGAUCCCGAGGGCGUAGUCCGUACCAAAGAUCGCAUCUUCGACAGCAUAAGCCACCUGAUAAACUACCACUGGGCGCAUGCACUGCCCAUCAUAUCUGAGGAUUCCGAGCUGGUCUUGCGUAACCCGGUGCGAAGACCUCAGCAAGAUCCAGUUGUGGGCCCCAUUACAACAGCAUCUUCCUGAACAAUCAUACGUAUACUUACCACAAUUCAUAUACCUAACAUAAAAAUAUAUAUACUGGCAUCUGCAUACACACUUAGAUUUAAAUAUUGUGCACUCGUAGAGAAUAUCUUUUAUAUAUCGUCUGUAUAGCAACGAACCCAUAUACUUAUGAAUCGAAUCUUAGAUAUUUACAAAUAUGUGCAUGUCUACAGUAUUUUCCAUUCGAAUGUGAAUAAAGAAGAGAAACUGAAACCGAA